AUGUCAGGUGAAAGAGGAAUGUCAAAGAAUUUUAUUUCAAAUUUGAAAUCGCUGCAGUUGAGCGGAAACAUUGCACGCAUGGGACACAAAGUCAUCUGCCUAGAAAACGUGUCACAUUGUGAGAAAAUUCCUAAGCUAGUUAACGUAUCAAAAUACUGCAUUAUGGAGAAGGCUGGCUCAAAAAAACGAAAAAGACCCGAAAAAUCGGUAAUUGAAGAAGCAGUCAGUGAAGUUUUGGAGAAAGGUCAGUCCAUAAACAGAACUGCACUUGCCUUAAACAUAUCGAGGGCUUACUUAGCUAAAAUCGUUAAAAAAGUAAAGACGUCUGGCGAUUCAUCAUAUGAACACUGUCCCAAUAUAGGCGUAUUUUCACAACAGAACAGGAGAAUAUGCUUGCAGAUUAUUUAA